GUACGAAUUGGUUCAAUUGAAAAUUGUCUUCAGUCACAGAGGGCUUGAAGUCCAGCCGGGUGUCCAGCGCCUCCAGUCAGCGGACUCACGUGGGCACAGGCGAGGAGAACCAGACAACAGCCAUGGUCUACAUGCCACCCGUAACUAUUGCACCUAUCAAGGAGGCGAAGAAAGAGAUGUUCGAGGAGAUGAAGGCUCCUAGCCAUGCAUACCCGAGCAAUGACCUCUCCCACAUGUUCACAAACGGUGACAUUUCAGCCAACCGGAUGUUCUCCACUGGUGGAAGUAGUAUGGUGAUGCCCUCUAGCGACCCCUUCGUCCACCAGCCGUCUGUCACGUCUGCGCGGCUCACGUCUUCAGACCGAGGCCUCGGACCGGGGAUAGCAGCAGAAUUCAGCCCUUAUGGCGGAAUGUACUCUUUGGACAGUGCUUACUAUCACUACUACCAGUCUCUGCAAGACUCCAGCAACGGGAACUAUUUCAUGCACAGUGAUGGAGGCGCCGCCGACUACGUGAACCCCAACGCUGUGAUGCCGGUCGCGCCUUAUGCCAGUAGAUCUUUCUCUGGGAGUAGCCGCCGUCUGGACAGGCCUGCUGAUCUGGCGUGCUACAGUGUCAUCAACCCUGGAGACGUCUACAACAAUAACAGCAGUAACAACAACAAUAACAACAGCAGCAGCACCAGUUGUGGUAGCAGCAGCAACAACAGCAGCAGCAGCAACAACAACCACAUCAGCAGUAUCGGAAAUAGCAGUACGAGCACAACCUACAGUAGCCAUCUCAGCAACUACAAAUGUGCUGACUCGUGAGUGUCUCGGAGUUUGAUGACAUAAAUGUUGCAUCAUUGGUCUCCAGAUCCAACACAGCUCUGGAUUACCAGGCAGUUACUUGUUAUGGUUUGUUCCAACCGUGCACAAGUUUUAACACGUGUUCUACCGGGCUCAGAUGUGCCUUGGAUACCUUGUCAAAAAUACCAGGGUACUGGAAGCAGGAAUAUAUAUAUACAUGACUGAUUGAUUAUUAUGCCUUAAGGGCAGGUUGAUAUAUAGCCUACUUCGAGAAAUAAUGUUGUUUGCCUAGAAAUGUUCUUGCCACGUUAUUACCUGAUAUGGCAUCUACUUAUCCAGGCAAACAGAUAUCCAAGAAAUUUUGACCCGAGUAUACGGAUAGUGAUUACGAAUGGCUUGUAAUUUCUAUGUAAGUUGUGUUAUUUGAAGAUGUCUGUUCUUAAAUGAGAAGCACAGAGUUGCUAUGUGCUUUUUUUCAAAUUUAUGAUUUUAAUAGUAAAUUAUUCCUUGGACUGGAUACCAGUAAUCUUAUAUUUUGAAUGGUCUAAGUUAAGCGAGUUUGAAGUACGAAACGCAGAAAUUGUAGACUGCCAUCUUUAACUUUAUUUUCGUUUCUGCCUCUUCUUUUUAACGUCUUUCUCGUAACGUUUGUCUGUUUUAUAUUGUGAAACAGAAUGUCAGGAAGAGUUAAGUUUUAGCCUUCAGUUUAUAACGUAAUAGAUCAAAAGAGAAUUAGAGUCUGUAGUAAACUCAGUUUGAUAGAAAUAAUUUUUCUAAGUGCUUUUUUAGAAAGGGAGAGAAUGUGACCUUUCGUUGAAGCACUGUCCAUGUGUUUGGAGUUGUCGCCUCAUAAUUAUAAACCCAUUUUUUUUCAAGCGAGGAAGCCUGUCUUUAACUUUAACUCUUUUUUCUGCUUUUCUCUGUCUUUCUACGACACUCUUAGUGCAUGUGCUUAGUGUAAGUGCGUGUGUCUGUGUGUGUGUGUGU